UCGGACGGUCGGGGUGAGAGGAUGUGAAGAUGGCGGAGCUGCAAAUGCUGCUGGAGGAGGAGAUCCCGGGGGGGCGCCGGGCCCUGUUCGACAGCUACACGAACCUGGAGCGGGUGGCCGAGUACUGCGAGACCAACUACAUCCAGUCAGCAGAUAAGCAGCGAGCCCUAGAAGAAACCAAAGCCUACACAACCCAGUCAUUAGCAAGCGUAGCCUAUCUGAUCAACACUUUGGCAAACAAUGUUCUUCAAAUGCUGGAUAUCCAGGCAUCUCAACUUCGACGCAUGGAAUCUUCGAUCAACCAUAUUUCACAAACGGUGGACAUUCACAAAGAGAAAGUUGCUAGAAGAGAAAUUGGUAUCUUGACUACAAACAAAAACACCUCAAGAACUCACAAAAUCAUUGCACCAGCUAACUUGGAGCGACCAGUUCGCUACAUCAGGAAACCUAUUGAUUAUACAAUUCUAGAUGAUAUUGGACAUGGAGUGAAGGUCAGCACACAGAAUAUGAAGAUGGGUGGGUUGCCACGUACAACACCACCCACCCAGAAGCCACCAAGUCCACCAAUGUCAGGAAAAGGAACUAUUGGGCGUCACUCUCCGUAUCGUACGCUGGAGCCAGUACGUCCCCCGGUGGUACCAAAUGACUACGUGCCUAGCCCGACGCGCAAUAUGGCUCCCUCACAGCAGAGCCCUGUUAGAACGGCUUCUGUGAACCAGAGGAAUCGCACAUACAGCAGCAGUGGGAGUAGUGGAGGAAGCCACCCAAGCAGUCGGAGCAGUAGUCGUGAGAACAGUGGAAGUGGCAGCGUGGGUGUUCCUAUUGCUGUUCCCACACCAUCUCCUCCCAGUGUCUACCCAGCCCCUGCUGGCUCGGCUGGCACUUCUCCCCUUCCUUCUACCUCUGCUCCUGCCCCCACCCCUCCUGCUCCAGCCCCUUCCUCCUCUACCCCAGAUGCUGCUGCUGCUGCAGGAGCCCAGCCCCUUGCUGAUGGCUUCACCUCUCCAACUCCCCCUGCUGUUUCUUCCACGGCCUCUACAGGCCACCCAGUUCAGUUCUACAGCAUGAACAGGCCUGCGUCUCGACAUACACCACCAACAAUAGGGGGAUCUUUGCCAUAUCGGCGUCCUCCUUCGAUCACGUCACAGACGAGCCUUCAGAACCAGAUAAACGGAGGACCUUUUUAUAGCCAGAACCCAGCAUCCCUUGCUCCUCCUCCCCCCUCCAUCCUACAGGUAACUCCGCAGUUACCACUAAUGGGAUUUGUUGCCAGAGUUCAAGAAAACAUUUCAGAUACUCCUCCCCCGCCCCCACCUGUGGAUGAGCCAGUGUUUGAUGAGUCUCCGCCGCCACCCCCACCUCCAGAGGACUAUGAGGAGGAAGAGGCAGCAGUGGUGGAGUACAGUGAUCCGUACGCAGAGGAGGACCCUCCCUGGGCACCACGUACCUACUUGGAAAAGGUGGUAGCCAUCUAUGACUACACGAAGGACAAAGAAGAUGAGCUCUCAUUUCAGGAAGGUGCCAUCAUUUAUGUCAUUAAGAAGAAUGACGAUGGUUGGUACGAAGGGGUCAUGAAUGGAGUGACGGGGCUCUUCCCAGGGAACUAUGUGGAGUCCAUCAUGCAUUACUCAGAGUGAAGACUAGAGGACAGAGCGCUGCGUCUCCUGCUGCAGGAGCUGUCAGGGCUUCCUCAUCUCUACCAGCCUCUGGGGCCCCAUCCAAAAUAGCAGAAUGAAGGAUAAUUGUAACAACCACUCUUUUUUUUUUUUUUUUUUUUUUUUUCCUCCUCAUUAUAAAACAGUAGUGUUUUGAGUUGUUUGAACAAACGGCUCUUCCAGUUGCCAGCAGAGGCUAUCGUGAGCAAUCUGAUGCUGAAGUAAGCUGACCCAUUCAGAUCUAACAAACUCAUUGAUUAGCUAUUAUGUCCUUCACUCCCAUUCUGACUUCUUGACAGGCUCUGGGAUCUCUCUCAGGAAUCCUGUGCACCAUGGUGGCACUACAUUUGGCAGCAGUGCCUGGCACUGGGGAUGUCCUGGAUGCUUGUGGUGAAGGGUUGCUGGCUGGUGGAUGUCCUUUCUUCUACACUACACUCCUGUGCAGCUGGAAAAAUGCUUGUGUGUUAGCAAACACAGGGAUUUGUAUGCAAAGUUGUUCAUGUAUCUGACUUCCUUACAGUUGAUUCCAUCUUUAGCAAAAAUACUUCUGCAGCUGCUCUGCUUUUAUAGGCUGACACAGGCACGCAGAGCUGGCUUUGGUUCACUCACCCUUUAGUUUAGACAGUUCUGAUGGCUGCAGCCCAGAGGACCCUCGCCCCCAUCUCCUCAUCUUUUGAAUGCAACAGGUUUGGUUUUGGUCAUGCGCUGAUGUGAAUGUGCUGCUCCACACCAAGCUACCUGCCAUGGGUGCUGCUGGGUUGUCUGGAACUCACAGAUGCCAUUGACAGUGAAGGUGAAAUUUACAGGUCCUCCUGGGGUCUGAGGAUAAACUCUAGGAGCUGUGAUCUAAGGUUCAGAUCUACUCACACCUGCUUGCACUAGAGAAACAUACCCCCAACUUUAGUCUUAUGCACAAUAUAAUCUUAAAAAUCCAAUCAGGUAUUGUAAAUUGGCUUUUUUGUACUUGAUGACUAGAUUUGCAUAUGUACUUUGAGAGCCCUGUGCGGAGGCAGGACAAACGGCAAUUGUCGUCUUCAUGUCUAUUGCCAAAAUCUCUUAAGUGGAAGUAAAAAGGGCUGUUGUUGUGUACUGGUUUCCCAUGGAAAUCCAAGCAGUAACUAGAAGUAGUCCUAGCUCUUCUCCUAGUCUUCUCCAAUGUUUAUUAUGAAGAAAUAGGUAUUUUAACUGUACUUGUGGAUCCAGGGUGGAGUAAUAACAAGUGGAGGCCCUGGGCUGAUAGUUUGCUUUUUAAGUCUCUGUUAAAAAUGCUGCUCUGUGAUCGUCAGUGUAAAAUGAUGGCUAUGCUAGUCUGCCCUCAGGAAGGACUAAAUGCUGCCUUUGGUUGAAUGUCAUGCAUUAUCAGGACAAACCGAUUAAACCUCCUGUUGUUGUCCUGCUGCUCCACAAGUGGAGCUGACCUCUGUACUGCCGGAGCCUCCUGGGCCAGGGACACAGUCCCGACUGACAUCUGACCAGGUUCCAGCCAACACUAACUGUCAAAGGCAAGGUAGUGCUGCAGCUUUCUUCUGAAGCCUGUGUGUAAAACAGCAGUACAGAGAGCACUGCCGGCGCUGAGUUUGUGAUGAUAUUGGCAGUGGGGCUGGGUACUUGACACGAGCCCCCUGCUCCUCCUUGGUAAGCAGUGCAGUGCCAGGUUGGAGGCACACGUUUGGUACAGACUCGCUCAGGGAGAAGCGGUAGCUGCUCAAGGGGAAAGAAACAGACGGUGUGCUUGUAGGAGGUGAGUGAACUUGAUCACCUGCUGUGAGCUCGCAGAAGAGCGUGUUAAUCCUGUGACAGUGAGUAAAGCUCAGUGGAAGCCUACAAGAAGUACUGCUUUGAAGGAACCUGUGCAAACAUAGAAGUUACUUUCUCCCCUGUUCAGUCCACAGCUGUGUAGCCAAAACACUAGUCUUUUCUUUCUGGAAGUUGGCAGCAUUACUGUUUGGAAUAGAUGUUAGCCAGGAGAGAUGCUUUUCUACUUUCCUUUGCAAAAGCUUCUGUCUUACAGCAAGAUCAGCGGAAGAAGCCACGUUCAGUUCCUUCAGCCCAUCAUUUCUCUAGGAGCACACCUACAAACACUGGUUGUGCUGUAGCUGGGAUGUGUGUUUCCAGCAUCACGGGUUGUGCCUACACUUUUUGCACAGGUCAGUGGUUCUUGCAGCCUGGCUAGAGAGUGGGGCGACUGCACUGCAGCAGUGCUCCAGAGCCACCCCCUCAGCACCAAAGAAUUGUGUUUUCCAGGACCGUCAAAGCUUCCCUGGCUUCUUCUGUCCUGGUUGUGUUUUUGGUGAUGACAGCACACAGUGCUCAAAUGUACUGAGUUAUGGCAGCCUAAUGAGUUACUACAUGACAGCUAAUAUUCUCUUCUUGUGCACCCACAUUCCAGCUGGGAGGUGAUGAAUUGGUGGAAUGUGUCUUUAACUCAGUCUGUCAAGAGCAUGUGCUUGUUGAAUACUUCUGACAGACAGGUGGUGGCUGUGUGUACUUGCAUAGUGUGUGAUACACUCACCUGGUUGUGUAUCAUGUAAGUUUCGUGUGUUGAGAGCUGCCAAAGCAGAGCAGUGUGAACUCCAGAAAGUGCUGCGUACUUGUUGGAGCUCAGGACAGAAGAUGAAACUGCAAAACCUUGAAGGUGAAAUGUGGGAAGCUCCAUGGCUGGUUUUGAGAGGUUAGUCUGGUCUCUGUUGAUAGCAUUUAGUUUUUUGUUCUCUAAGAGCUGCUGUGGAUGGAAUUUCUGGGUCACCUCCUGCUGGUUUUAUGCUUUAUUAUGCAGUACUAAUGCAAAGAAAAGAGUUUUAUGCAUACUUUUUAUUUUGUACAGAUCUUAAUUCUGUAGUUUGUUUGGGGAUGAUGUGAUGUUAUGUUCAUAGACCAGGCCAAGGUAAACAAGCUUUUUGUAUUAAUGUUGCCUAGACUGCAUGCUAGCAUAGUCAAAGUCAGUGAGGGUUGUGUUUUUAAUUUUGUCCCUUGUACAUCUCCUUUUUAGAAACCUUCCUUCCCCACUUUCUUUACGUUUCCUUCUAAAAGGGGGUUGAGGGAAGUGGGAAGAAAAAAACCAACACCCUUGUAGGUGCAAACUUCUCUUCAUUGAGUUCUACCACACCUGGAGAUGUUCAGCAUCAGCUGUCAGUCAGAGCAGAGGGUAUGCAUGCCAGAGAGCUGGCAGAAGGAGACACUACAGAAUAGCCCAGAGUGCUACAUGGCCAAAAGAAACAUUUUCUCCCUUCUUGAGAGCUACAUUGCCUGCAGCCAGCUGCUUUCAUUGUGCUUAAACAGGCAGGACUCUAGCUGCAGCUUCUGCUUUGAUUUGCUCUAGCAGAGAUUUUCUUCCUUGCUGUCAGCCCUCUUGGGACAAAUCUAUUAACUAGAGCUGCCCCUCUGACAUGUGCCUGUGUGGAAAGGAUGUCACAGACUGUCCCCAGAUAGUGCAGAAGCAGACUAUUUUAAUAUGUGUUCAGCAUCAAGGUGGCUAAGGUUGCAUGUAUCUCACCCAUUGAUUUUUAUCUUUUUCUUCUUUCUCCUUGUCCUUAUCAUCUUUGUUUCUUCUUUCUUUUUUCUUUGUUGCCCUAGAGGGGUGAGAGGGGCAGGAAAAGCAAGCAGCCUAUUUUAUGCUUGACAUCCCUAUGGUGCUUCUAUGCCCAACAGCUGGAGCAGGCACCAGAGAACAGGCACUAGGAGCCAUUGCUCCCUGUGAAGGACAAGAGGUGGAGCAUGGCCCUGGGACUCAGCCUGUCUUUGUGGUAUGCGCUAGCAAGGAAGCAGCUGAGCUGGAAGUUCCUUGAAAUGGCUGGAGAUUGCUGCUGGUUUGCACCUCAGCUCCUGCACAGUCCACGGAGGCUCUGGCAGGAUGGCUUACCAGAGAACUAGUGAGCACUCGCCACAGCGGUUUGUUCACUUCUCACACCUCCUGAGAAUGUUCUUUGCUGCCAAGGGCUCUCCCGGUGCAGUGCUUCUGUGACUAAGAGGAUGUGCAUGUCUUCUACUUGCACCAGCACACUGGUCUUGUCGAGGUAGCCCCACCUUACUGUUUGCAAGUAGGCAGAAUGCUUGGCCCCCUGCCUGGUGUGGUUCUCCAGCACUUUUGUGACAGCCUAUAACCAAAGUUCAAUUGGCAACAACGCAGCUUCUGCAAAGUGGCAUUUUUACUUAGGAUGCUUUAGAUGGGCUUGAGAAGAGAAGCAGUAGCAGGACUGAUGGUCUUUUUCUGGCAGAGGGUGUGCUGCCUGCUGUUCCCCUGAUGGAGGAGGGGUGUGCUGGUGCAGCCUGCUGUGCUUCUGUGCUAUCUUGUGCCUAUGCCGGAAGGCAGGUUAUUGCUGUGCUUUUCCCAGCAGCUUCCACCAGUUCCUAGCAAAUGCUGCAGAUGCACUUCUUCCCUAGAAAUGAGCAUCAGACGUAAAUCAAAUGCAAAACUUAACACGAGCCCCCUGCCCCUCCUUGGUAAGCAGUGCAGUGCCAGGUUGGAGGCGCACGUUUGGUACAGACUCGCUCAGGGAGAAGCGGUAGCUGCUCAAGGGGGAAGAAACAGACGGUGUGCUUGUAGGAGGUGAACUUUUACCUUUUCCUUCUGGCAAGGGCAGGACUUUUUGUUGAUUGGUACCCAGCAGCAGCAUCAGUACAACUUUUUUGGAAGCUGUUAGAGGAUGCUGUUGGAAAGAGUGUAGUGCUGUGGCUUCAACUGGGUUUGCUGAGUGUGGAGGACUGCAGUAUUUAAUGAAAUGUUACAAAAUCCAUGCAGAGGCUUUAGUUCCUAUGUUGACAACAACAGUGGCAGUGGGAAACGUGCAGAACUGUUGCAUUCACAAAGGCAAAUACUUCAUGUUGAGAAGAGGCAGUGUUGUAAAACAAACAGCAUGGGAAGGUAGGUGAUGGACUAUAGCUUAUAGGGAGCCACGUUCAAGAAUUUAUUGUGCUUACAAUGUAUUUUCCACCUACCCCACCCUUUGGCAUCACUCAGUAUUAGGCACAGCCACAUUUUGUGGCUAAAAUGGUAUGUUAUACAGAGGUCAGAAUAGGGCAAGAGGGAACUUUUUUUCUUUUCAAUAGCUGGUUGGUGCGUAGCAACAGUCAUCUUGAUUUUUACGAUUGUGCAACUAGUGUGACCCUCAUCUCCUGUCUGUGGGAAGGUUUGCUGAGCACUUGAUGCAGCCAAGUUUUGCCAACUGCUGUUGCAAGUAAUUCAAACCAUGAUGUUCUGCAUUAAUUCAAAGCAGCAAUGUGUUUUGUGCAACUUUCUGCAAAUGCAGGAACUGUUUGUUUUCUUUGGUGCUCUGAACGUCCUCAUUAACACCUUUGCUUAUUCCAACAUGGGUUGCAAGAAGGUAAAAAGACAGCAGGAGCCUGUUGGCCAGAGGUAAGCCUACACCCAGCAUCCUGCUGGACAGGUAUGUGGUGGCAGUACGUUUCCUGUUUCUCUUAAAACCUCAGAAAAGUCCUUCUAUUUACAAAAUGAGGAAGAGCUGUGUACAAAUUCAUUUCCAUUACAGCGCCUUGCUAAAGUGCUGACAUCUGAGUUUUGUUUUGUUUUUUUGUUUGUUUUUUUUUUGGAAAGCCCAAGUGCUUCUUUUCACAUUUGAAAAAGUGUCUUUUGCAACUUGCAUGGACAAGUAGUUUCUAUGAAUUCUCUGGAAAUGUUAGUGUCUAACAUGGAUUUUUUUUGUCCAUGUACUUUUCUGCAAGCAGAACCCCCCCUCACACACAUUUGGGUUGCAGUUGGAAGGGAAGCACUCUGUGCUUUUUGAUUUUUGGUGCUGCUGAUGCAGUGGAGAAGUGCAGAGCCCACUGUAAAUGAUCGAGCCUGCAAGAGUCUGGGGAGCUGCGUGCUGCCGGUAACGUUUUAUUGUGUGUGCCAUUUGAACCAUCUUCCAAGUGAGUGCAAAACCCAAUUUUUAAAUUUUUUUAAUUGUACUUGGAAUUAACUGUUGCUGUGUACUAAACCCUCUUGUUACAAGCCCUGAAUAAAAGGAACAAAGCACA